AUGAACGCUGAAGAAGAUGCUGAAGACGCAGAAGUUACUGAAGCAGCGGAGGCAUUGGAAGUAUCGAGCAUCAGGCUAGCAGCGACGGAUGCAACUCCUUCUGAUGAGGAGUCCUGCGACAUUGCUCGUUCCAGUGGACCUCUCUUCAGACUAUCGGAAGUUGAACAAGUCAUUCAGCAAUACGGGAAAUGUAUCGAAAAAUUUCAGAUAUCGUGUCGUGUAUGUAGGACAAUACUUCAGUUCGAUCAAGCCCGAGAGAUUAUCGAACAGUAUACCCAAUCUUCAUCGAAGUCCAUGAUUAUAAUCAACGAGAAGGAUGUGUCUUUGGCUGCAUUAUUGUCGUCUCUAGUAAUGUUGGCAAACUGCGAUAAGAGCUAUUAUUUUCUGUCCUUUCUUCAGCCCAAAGCGUUCUUUCGUAAGGAAAACGCUUUGAAGAAUCAGUAUUAUCAAAUUAGCGAGAAGCUAGUGCGCGCUUCAUCAUCAACACCGCGUUCUGAGAAUGAAUCGUCUUCUACCUCGGAAAUUGAGCAGAUCCUGACCGAAUGUAGACAAUAUGUGCUGGCUAGAGUUGAAAUGAUAAGCAUCUUCACCACUAUUGCUAGCCUUGGUGAAAUAGACGUGCUGCUCUUACUCGUUUCUGCUCAGAUGCACAUAGCAAAUUGCAAGGCAAGUAGGCUAGCACUUCAUGUUGUCGCUAAAUUCUUAUUUCAGAUGUUUGAAAGUCUUCUGCAGUUGAAAGAGAUUCGUGAAAGAUUCGAUUUCUGGAUUCGUGACGCUCACUGUUUGAAUCCGGUGAAUAAAUCCGUAUUCUACUUCUUCAGAUCUAACGAAAAAUUGCCUCGUAAUCGCCUCAUCAACUGGUUAAUACAGUUUUACAAUUUGCUCAUGGCCAAGUUCUCGCUGUACUUCACUAACGUCCUAGCUAACUUCUGUAGCGUUGAUGACUUAAAAACCGUGCAUACUAUCGAUAACGGGUUCAAUUUCAUCUCAAAUGCCACUCAGUUUGUUAAGAAAACGGAUGCUAUUUGUUUGGCUAUAGUCAUGGAUCGAGAGAAAUGCUCAGACAGUUUUUACGGAUUCGGCUAUCAUCGCUUGAAAGAUCGCUUCACUCCUGGUCCACCUACAGAACCACGAAAAGGAGUUGCUGCUCUGUGCCCAGCUGUUUUCCGGUUGCCUUCGCCUACAGAGGGGCAUAAAUCGGCACAGUCACAUAACGAUAUUUUUGAGAGAUGUCAGGAGAAUAUUUACGAGUUUAUUGAGUCAAAUCUUCGACAUCCGGUGCGCAACAAGUACUUUUACGAUCCCGUCAAAGAUCAUUGCAUGUUUGGUGACAAUGUGGAAGCCGAACUAUAUAUUGUAGUUGUAUAUGCUGGUCGAGUUUGUGAGAAGGAUGCAGCUGUACUUGCUUUCAUCCAGCAAAUGACAACGUCUCUGAGGGGAUCGCGAUUAUUUUUGUCUCUGAAAAAUGCGGCUAAGUAA